UUCUUCCACCCAAAAAACGUAUUCGCAGUACGAUAUCAACUGAAGCAGCCAUCGAGGCCCGCCAUCCGUUUCAGUUGCGAUAGUCCACAAUUUACAGACACCCAAGGCGGAAGCUAGAAGCGAGCACUAGCUCCAAGCUUUCAACCGGCUCUCGGCUCGUUCUGCCGUUUCGCAAAGAUACAAGUGCGUGGAGAAGUUAAGGAUAAAAGAGGAAGCAAUUCCAUUUCGUAUUAGGAUUUUCCUGGAGUUUUCGCGAAGUAACGACGAGAAUCGCAGAUAAAAUUCAGUCUAAGGAGGUUCUCCUGGAAUUCCUCCGGAUAACCGCGAAGUUGAGGCAGUUAAGGUGUUAAAUGUGAAAACUUAAAGUGCGACUGUUACUAUCCGAACUAUUCAAUCUAAAGAUAUCAAGAGUUCCUGUAAAAUCCGGUGUUCAAGAUGGUCGAAGCAGUGCCCGCCAAGGGAAAUGUCCUAGGAAGCCUGGUCCCGGCACGAUAUAUUCUGGCCGUUAUGGGCUCCAUAGCUAUGGCCAUUAUUUACGGCCUAAAGGUGAAUUUGAGUGUUGCUAUGGUUGCUAUGCUGAAUCACACUGCCAUUGGGCAAUUAGGUGAACAUCAUGCCGAUACAAGCAGUAAUGCAACGGCCAGUGCUCCACAGGAUGAAGUUUGUCAAGGAAGUGGAGGACCGGAAAUGUUGGAGGACGGCCCAUUCACAUGGAGUGAACCUCUUCAAGGCACGAUCCUCAGCUGUUAUUUCUGGGGCUACUUCUUCUCGCAGUUGCCCGGAGCUCGAAUUGCUGAACUUUUCUCAGCAAAAUGGGUAAUGCUGUUCUCGGUGGCUAUCAACAUUGUGUGCACCCUCCUAACUCCAGUCAUGGCUAGAGCUCAUUACGUAGCCAUCAUCGCUAUGCGUAUUGGAGAGGGUAUUGGCGGUGGAGUGACAUUCCCAGCUAUGCAUGUCAUGUUAGCUGCCUGGGCCCCACCAAACGAACGAAGUAUUAUGUCAGCUAUUGUUUAUGCUGGCACUGCAUUGGGUAGUGUGAUUUCAAUGUUGAUGGCAGGACAAUUGGCUGGUAAUUUAGGAUGGGAGUCUGUGUUCUACGUGAUGGGUGGUUUGAGCUGCGCUUGGGUCAUACUGUGGCUAUGGCUCAUCCAGGAUACACCCAGCAAACAAGCGUUGAUCAGUUUGGAGGAGCGAGAGCUAAUCACUUCACAACUGGGUACUGGCAAGGAAACCGAAGAAAAGAAGCCUCCAAUCCCAUGGAAAGCAGUCUUAACUUCCGGGCCAUUCCUGGCGAUCUUGAUUGCUCAUACAUGCAGCAACUGGGGCUGGUACAUGCUUUUGAUUGAACUUCCAUUCUACAUGAAGCAAGUGCUCAAAUUUAAUAUUAAAGAAAACGCUGCCGUUACGGCCAUCCCGUUCUUCACUCUCUGGUUGUUCAGUAUUGCAUUGAGUAAGACCCUCGACAUUCUCAGGGGUAAAGGUAAAAUCACUACAACCAUCGCUCGGAAAAUUGGAACCCUAUUCGCUUCAGCAGUACCAAUGGUGUGCCUCCUGAUCCUUUGCUACAUCGGGUGCAACCGAGCGGCCGCUGUUGCUGUCAUGGCUAUUGGAAUUACAACAAUCGGUGGAAUGUUCUGCGGUUUCCUUUCAAAUCACAUAGAUAUUGCACCAAACUAUGCUGGAACCCUAAUGGCCAUCACAAAUACCUCAGCUACUCUGCCUGGAAUCAUCGUACCUGUGUUUGUCGGUGUCAUGACGCACGGAAAUCAAACCAUCGGAGCCUGGCGAGUGAUAUUCUUCGUAACCAUUGGACUCUAUGUUAUUGAAAUUCUUGCCUACAUGAUCUUUGGGUCGGGAGAAGAGCAAUCGUGGAACAGGCAAGCGAUUGAGCCUGAGAAAACAGAGUUAAAUUCCACAGAAAAGCCAGAACACACCGAGAAUACCCCACUGAAUACCCAAAUUCAGAAUGAAUAACUGAACAUCAGUAGAGCUUAGCUGCAAAACAUAACCCUUGAAUGAUAAAAAUCAAGUACAAUUAAGGAAAUUACUAAUUUUAAGGUGUAAUUACUUAACCCUCCCCUUAAACUCAUUAUCACCAUUCACUACAAAGGCAACGUAGAUGAUCAACUAUCUAAAGAUAAAGAUGCUUUUUGUACGAGCAAUUUCAUUCGAGGAAGAUGAAACAAGAUUUUAGGAAUUUAAAAGUAAAUAUGACUGUGCUUCUACAAUUAAUAACCAACAAAGAACUAACCUUUAUAAAUACACGUGUAAGUACAGGAAGCUUACCAAAGUCUCGAAAUAAAAUGAAGAAAAGCAUUGUAGGAUAUAGCGACUUAAAUACUGAUUUUAUGUCCACUGAAAAAGACAAAUAAAACAGAUAUGGAAGAACUAAAUA